AUGAGACAUCAAUCGCCGCUUCCACUACAGGCUGCAUUCCUUCUGAUGCGAUGGGUGUACCAGAAUCAAUUGGAAUGUAGGACGUUGCUGCUGAGAAGUGUAGUCGGAUGCUUUUGCCGUAAACCAUUGACCGACGACGAGACUGCAGGGCUGCCACAACAGAGAACAAGAUUACAAACAAGUUUGUCGCGGCGCUGCGUGGGCCAGCUUUUAGUGUCAACUGAGCUUUGUUGUAUGUCAUAUAUCAUUUAG